CUCCUGGGAAGGAAUUCUCCUGUUAUAGAGAGGGAAUACCAAACUGAGAUUGACUGUCCUUCCUUACAAGGCUGUGAACUGAACAGCGGUACCAGGAGGUGUGUAGUGAAGGUGGAAGACAAUUUACUGGAACACAUUGUGUUUUUGAAAUCAGUGUCUCUGGGAGAGGAAGCAGAAGAUGAGCUGCACGUGGUGGCAGUUGAGUCCAAAAACAUGACCAGUGUCUACAAACCUGUGCCCAUUGCAUCACUGAGGCUCUCUGUCUUACCAAUGGUCAGCCUGGGCAACUUUGAAUUCACUCCUCCUGUUGCCUUUGUGUUAAAGUCUGGAACUGGGCCAGUCUACCUUGUUGGUCAGCACUUGAUCUUGGAAGGUAAUUCUGAUUACGAGUCGCCAGGAUAUGAUACCCAGACGGAUGAUACCCAAUCAGAUGAUACCCAGACGGAUGACACCCAGGCAGCUGUAGAGACACAGGUGGAUGAUACCCAGACCAAUGGAGAAGAUACCCAGAAGAAUGUAGACUAUAGCGGGAGCAAUGCUGGGACUGAGGACUAUCCCGGUGGCACACCGGAAGCAUCUGGGCCUCUCAUACUCAAGCGACCGCCUCUCCGCAUAUGAGCCGGGAUGGACUUUAAGAGCCUCAUGACAAGGCAAUGGAACCGAGCCACCAUUGAUGCCCAGUUUCCUGAUCUGAGUGCAUAUUGUGUGGAGGACGUCUUCCAAACCUUCAAUGGUCCCAUGUGCUGCUGAUGGACAAUUAAAC